CUGUACUAGUAUGUUUGCAGCGCAACACAUCUAAUCCACGUGAGACCCCUCUAGUUCGCCGAAGCGCCAUGUGUGCAUGCUUGCCCUGGAGCUGUCCGACCAGUUUCAAACCUGAACUGUCACCCGUGCAUGAUAGAGCCACGUGUGUAGAUAAGACACACCACAUGCUGACUUCAUCCACGUAGGAGUGCUCUGGCAAUACUAGCGACUGGAAUUGUAUCCACCAGCAAGAACUGCACGUCCACACACAUUGCCUUUUCCUAUAUGAAUGUACGGAAAACUACUCCUCGCUGCAGCACGCCUGAAACAUUCCUAUUCAGUGCAACCGUGACAUGACAUCACAUGACAUCACAUGACAUGACAUCACAUGACAUCACAUGACUAGAUACUGGUGCCCGAAGAAUGACCCACAGUCUGCACAUCCGGUGCCUGAUGGUUUUCCAUAGAUUAAGUUUGUCCUGUUACAGGUUGCAUCUUAUCCCCAUGGACAUCUUGGUCCCCAUGCCGAGCGCGGAACGUGGCAACCAACUGUGGACGUGGCGUGCAGACGCGCACAAGACAACCUGAAAACACGGCGACGGACUGUCCACACCUUGGAGAGUCGAGGGUGUGUGAUGUCGAGUGCGUAUGUCAACAAGCGGGUGAGACAGUGUACGAGGACAACACACUCUACACAGACACUGCUGCAGAUGUGAUCAUUGUGGUGGACGAGAGUGACAGCAUGAGCACCGAACACUCCUGGCUGCCCGGCAUGGUGGAGACGCUCGAGGACAACCUGCUGCGUGAUGGCAUCGGAACAAACGCCGGGUUACGCAACCACUACGCUCUGGUGGGCUUCGGCAGGAAUGUCACCAACCCAAGAGCCAGAAUACUUCGUGAUAGUAGAGGCGUAGGGUAUUUACCCUUUGAAGGCUAUGUGUAUGUCAACGACCUGCUUGAAAGUGGCUCCGACGGACGAAUCGAAGAUGGCUAUCAGGCUAUUAUUCAUGCAUUGGAUAACCUACAGCACAGAGGCUCCUCAUCGGUCGCACUCAACAUCAUUCUGGUAACUGACGAGGAUCGUGACAUACUAGCGGAGGCAGCAUCGCUCACCCGUGAUCUAGUUAAGCAGCGCAUCCUGGCCGAAGGCGCCGCUCUGAACGUGGUCAUUGACAAUGACUUCCAGGCCUACAACAACUCCAGGGCCCUGGGAGUGGACAGCUUUGGCAUGGCCUACCUAGAACAGGGCAAUGCUUUCCAGCAGACAAAGGAGAACAUCAGAAUAGGAGCCGGCUAUCGCAGCACUCGACAAGAUUACACCGAACUGGCGUUGGAAACUGGCGGUGCCGCGUGGGACAUCCGAUUGCUGCGAGAGGGUGGAGAUUUCACGCAGCUGCAGUUCACCGAAGCAUUCACGCGGGUCAAAACCGCCGAGAUCCGACAGCGCACCACUGUGUGUCGGCGGUGCGAAUGCGGUGAGGACGGAAGGUGGUCUUGUCGGGUGGAUGAGGAUCAGGAGAAGUGUCGAUGCAGAGUAAAAUACAGACAGGACCGAGCCCAGGAGCUAGAGUGCAUCCUGACGGUUGACCUGCCACAGUGUCCGCCGGAGACAAUCUAUGAGGAUCCAGAUCCCAGCUGUCCAGUGGAAUGCGUGUCGAACGUGAACUGCAGCCGAGGAGAGACCUGCUGCCGAAAGGGCUGCUCGAGCACCUGCGAAGAUGCAUUCGACUGCUCACUUUACGACGUAGAGUAUCGUUUGACACCAUUCGCCAGCGACAUAGCCGCCGACAUAAUCAUGGUUGUUGAUGAGUCCAACAGUAUGGAACAGGCUCAUCGUUGGCUCAGGAGCAUGGUGCAUGAUCUGGAUGACAGACUCCGGGAAUCUGGCAUCGGCACAGGACGACUGAACAACCACUACAUGCUCGUGGGAUUCGGUCAUGCAUACCCGCAUCACUCGGCUCAUCCGUUUGCCGUGAAUGGCAGAAGAGAUGUGACGGAUGCGAAUGUGGACGCUCUGCUCAGGCAGCUCCAUGCCGACGAUAAUGGGUAUAUCGAGGACGGCUAUGAAGCGUUGAUAUACGCCAUAGAUAACCUGCCCAUACGCCGUGGUAAUGACCGCGUGCCUGUCAACAUCAUAUUCGUAAGCGAUGAGGACCGGGAUCUAGUCAACGUCACCUACGGUAGCCGCCUGACAGAGGAGCUGGUGAGAGAACGGCUUGCGAGAGAGCGUGCCACACUCAACAUGGUCCUGGAUCAGACAUUCUUCACAGCUAGUGAUCCGCUGGGCGACCGUACGAUCGGCAUGGACAAUCAACGCACUGCCUAUCUCAGCAGGGAAGGCGGUAAAUUCACGCGCACCAACAUCGGUACCGGCAUCAGCUACGCAUAUAACGCCACGAGGGAACAGUACACCGAGCUUGCGUGGCAGCUGAACGGAGCUGUCUGGGACAUCAGCCAGCUGAAGAAGGGCGGUGACCUAACUGCUGCCUUCACGCAAGCCUUCGUCCACGUCAAGACACAGGAGGUGCGACGACAGCUGAGUACAUGCCAGCGUUGUGACUGUGCACGGUCACUCUUUUGGAAUUGUCAGCCGGAUACCAAUCAGGAACGUUGCCAGUGCAAUGUUGCAGGCAAGAGAUGGAACAAUCAACUUGGUCUGUGCAUCGGGUAACAAUAUUCGCCACAGCGAUUGACAACUCAGAAAGCUUCCAAACACCUCUCUUCCCGCCACAUUUCCUUCCCAAUUCCUUGCAGCUGGCACCCAGACAGUGCAUAUGUCUGGUGUUUAGAAAAACCCGUGGCCGAACCAGAAGGGUUCAAGUCAGCACGGUGUGCAAAUACGAGAUGAAAAUACAAUACACCUUACAUCACUACACUAUAAUACUAGCGCCAGCUUUUCACCAUGCACGUUCUAUGUUUGUCCGUAACGCGACGCCACAUCGACCAGAAGGUUCACUGUGCUGCUUAGCGAGUCAUCAUACCCAGCGAUCAGCAUAAAAAAAACUGAAGUCCCAUGAUGCACGCAGCAUUAAUGUAUACAUAUUUCCGGUCGAGAUGAUACAGGUCUUACAGCGAAAACCCAAUACCGGCUCUGCUUUAUUCAACACACAACACUAUUACCUGAAGACAUUUUUUUGAUUAAAAUUAAACUGAUAGACAGCUCGCAGAGGUCAGAAAACAGCACAUAACUGGUGCUGUUUUAUAUCGGGUGUGAGAACCAUUUGAAUGCCAGGGCUAUAUCUCGGCUUUACACGUACCUAUCUCUUCAUAGUGUGCAACAUACCUUUCUUUUCUUAUUCAUGGCAACAGGAUUUCGAUUACUUGAAGUGGCGUUUCUGGCCGGUGAAUGCCUACUUUUUGUUCUUUUUGUUCUUUUCUUCCUCUUUAUUUUUCCCGCACGCGUAUCACACCACACACUCCG